AUGGCUUCGGAAAACAAAAACAACAUGCCCCGUCCGUGGGGCGUUGACAAUUCCGGAGAUAAUCCAGCAGCCAUCCGAGGCGAAAGAGUCCCGGCUGUCAUGGGAGCUUUGGCCCGCCUGUGUGUGGUACGAGGGAUCCGGCACCAUGAAGGCUUCGCCCAAGAGUUGUACGGCAACCUGGAGUUCCCGGAGAUUAGGCGGGCGCUCAAUGCGCGGGCCAUCAUGAGCAACCGGAUACCGGAGAUGAACGGGCCAGGAGACUUUCCAUACUGCUUCUGGCACCCCGAGGUGCCUGGCGAGCAAACUCUGCGGCGCCUCCUUGAGAAAUACCCCGAUAACAAAUUGCUACGGUACCAAGUCGGUCGCGCAUGCGCUGCAGGGGGUCAUACAACCUUGUAUCAUGAACUAGGUCUUCUUCCAGAUGUCGCCAUCGCCGAGGAAGCACGCGAUAACGCUACGUCCGGGGGGGCUAUUUUCGAGGCCAUCGUCCGUGAACCGAUCCGAUAUGCCUAUAUGGAUGACUACCUACGUUGUUUACGGGAAGCCCCGAUCCCUGGUGCGUAUCUCAACGGGGACGCAUGCGUCCGCUCGAUGCUAGAUAAGACGCUGUUUGUGGGAGGGCCGAUUUACAAUCCUCACGAGCAGCCUAUCUUCGAUAUUACCGAGGAUUGGUGUAUGGAUGUUGAGGGAGUCAGGCCUGGUGCACGGCCUGUUGACCCCGAAACCGUACGGCUCUUGUAUAAUCCUCUCCCGCGCGACUUGCCUACGGUGGAUAAGGAUCUCCUGAUUCUGAUGGCCGCAUGGUCGGGCAACAUCGACCGCUAUACACGCCUUCGACGCCCGAAACUGCUUUCGUAUGAACUCCCCUAUGUGAUUAGAGGGAUCUAUCAUUACCCGCUCUUUAGCAAGUGGUGGUCGAUGCAGAUGCAGCCCGAUAACGGUCCCGUUGCUAUCCACUAA